GUGCGGCAGCCGGCAGUCUAUAAAUAUACAGCACCAUCAGCCAGCGAGGUACAGUUUAUUUACUCCAGUGGUUCUACCGGCUCUGCUUGUGUUCCAUCUGAAAGCCAGCAGAAGCACAGUCUUAAGGAUCACCUCGUCGCAUUUGGACGCGUAAUAAGUGAUAUAAGCAACGUGUUUCAGUUUCGUUCGUUUAGACCAAGAUGGCCAAUUCAAAUCCAGAGAUUAAGUGCACUCAAAUUUUCAUCAACAAUGAAUUUGUGAACGCGGUGAGUGGCAAAACCUUCCCAACGAUCAAUCCAUCGACCGGCAAAAAGAUUGCGGAUAUUGCCGAAGGUGAUAAGGCUGAUGUGGACCUGGCCGUGAAAGCCGCCAAGGCUGCUUUCGACAGAAAGUCAACCUGGCGUCAAAUGGAUGCAACGGCUCGAGCGAAGCUGCUAUAUAAGUUGGCCGAACUGAUGGAACGAGAUUUGCAUUAUCUGGCCAGUUUGGAAUCGUUGGAUAACGGAAAACCGUAUAUGAAUGCCGUCUAUGACGUGUACGGAUCGAUGAAUACGCUAAGGUACAGUGCCGGUUGGGCCGAUAAAAUCAACGGUGAAACAAUACCCUCGGAUGGACCCCAUCUAACCUACACCAGAAAGGAACCGGUUGGAGUAGUCGGACAAAUCAUUCCGUGGAACUACCCAAUGCUGAUGUUGGCCUGGAAAUGGGGCCCAGCUUUGGCAAUGGGUUGUACAAUCGUCAUGAAACCGGCCGAACAAACUCCCCUGACUGCAUUGUAUCUGUGCUCGCUGGCCAAGGAAGCUGGAUACCCGCCUGGUGUAAUCAAUAUGGUUCCCGGAUAUGGACCCACCGCGGGAAAUGCCAUCACUGUCCAUCCGGACAUCAGGAAGAUUGCUUUUACGGGAUCGGUUGAGGUCGGAAAGAUCAUCAUGGCCGGAGCCGCAGGAACUCUAAAGAAAGUAUCACUGGAACUGGGAGGCAAAAGUCCGCUGGUUAUCUGCGAUGAUGUGGAUGUUGACGAGGCAGCAAAAAUUGCGUAUGCUGGAGUAUUUGAAAAUAUGGGACAGUGUUGUAUUGCGGCGACGCGUACCUUCGUACAGGAGGGUAUUUACGACGCUUUUGUGAAAAAAGCUACAGAAUUGGCACAAUCCCGCAAAGUCGGAUGCCCGUUCUCACAAGGCACUCAACACGGACCCCAGGUGGAUGAGACACAGUUUAAGAAGAUCUUGGGGUACAUCGAAACCGGAAAGAAGGAGGGUGCCAAACUUGAGACUGGUGGUAUCCAGGUUGGAACCGAAGGAUAUUUUAUUCAACCGACGGUGUUCUCGAACGUGACCGAUGAAAUGACCAUCGCCAAAGAAGAAAUUUUCGGCCCAGUGCAGAGUAUCAUCAAAUUUAAGACACUGGACGAAGUAAUCGAACGAGCUAAUUCAACGCAAUUUGGGUUGGCGGCCGGCAUCGUAACAAAAAAUAUAGAUAACGCCCUCGUCUUCAGUAACGCAGUAGAAGCCGGGUCAGUUUGGGUUAAUACGUAUCUAGCAGUUGCCACCCAAGCUCCUUUCGGAGGAUACAAACAUUCUGGAAUUGGACGUGAAAUGGGCAGGGAAGGUAUGGAGCUUUACCUCGAAACAAAAACCGUGUCCAUCAAGCUACCCUCGAAAGUAUAACUUUUUCUAUAUUUGUGCUGAACUUGUUAUCAUGUUUAUAUUUUGAGAUAACUGACAUUGCUGUGAAAAAUAAUCAUUUAUUGCAUAAAGCGAUGAAAUGUUUAUAAUCAGUUCAA